GACUCCAUCAGGGGGGUCAACAUCUCGUCCCAUCAGCCCUCAAGACCCACAUCCCCAGCCCCAGACACCGGCAACAAAGAGCUUUUGCCAUCGUCCCACCCCAGCAAGGAUGAGCCUGCGGUGAAGGUAACCCCAUGAGUGCAGCCUUGCAGAUGACGGCGUUUGGUCUUGCUCUUCUCUCAACCCUCUUCCUGCUCCUGGCCACGUGCACCGACUGCUGGAUGGUGAACGCUGACGACAGCUUGGAGGUGAGUCACAAAUGCCGGGGGCUUUGGAGGGAGUGUGUCACCAACAUGCAGGACGGGGUCAGGACCUGUGACCAGUAUGACUCCAUUUUGGCUGACCACCCAGUGAAGAUCGUGGUGACACGGACGCUGCUGAUCACCACAGACCUCCUGGCUGGCCUGGCUUUGGCUACGUUGCUGCUUGGACUGGACUGCAUCAAGUUCCUCAAGGAAGAGCCCCGUGUCAAACUGAAGAUGUGCUACGGGGCCGGUGUCAUCCUCGGUGUUGGGGGCAUCCUGGGUCUUGUGGGCUCCGUGUGGUACGCGGUGGACGUCUACGUGGAGAGGGCCAUGCUGGUGUCGCACAACAUCUUCCUGGGAGUCCACUACGACUUUGGGUGGUCGUGCUGGCUGGGCAUGGCUGGCUCAACGGGCUGCUUUGUGGCAUCCAUCCUGCUGACCUGCUGCCUCUACGCCUGCACAGACACCAGUGGCCACUGGCAACCCCAGAGGCUUCCCCAGCCCCGGGGCCGAACGGCCACCAGCAAGAUGUACGCCAUGGACUCCCGCGUGUGA